AUGGAAGAGAGUAGAACCACUAAGACAAAAGAAAAGAAUAAAAUUAACUGCUCCGAAGAAACUUUCUUGCGGUGGCCACCAUUGUCUACUACAAUGUAUUGUCAUCAAACCAAACGACCAAGAGUUUUUUAAACCACCUAUUCCUAAAGCACGUCGAUCCAUAAGAGACACUAAUGCAAUUGAAGAAGUUAGUCUCUGUAAAAUAUCUAGUUCAUUGUCAAUGGAAAGUAUGAACAAAAUUAAACAAUCAAGUCCAGAAAUUUGUAAUAUUUCUGAUAUUGAAUAUACUGAUGAUGAAGAUAAUAGUCAUAAAUUUUUGAACACCUCACAAGAUAGUACAAAACUAGACACUUUUAGUACUGCACAUAAUUCUCCUGUUGUAACAGAAGCAUACAAACGAAGUUCUCAUAGCUUGAACAAAAGUCAAUCUUUCAACAAUACAAAUAAUUCUUUCUUAGAUAAAACGCAAAAACAGCCUGUAAAAAAAGAAUUUUUCCCAAAAAUUCUUCCCAAAUAUUUUUUGUAUAUUAUAGUAUGUUGCAUUGCAUUUUUUUUAUUUUCUUGUAUUAUUUCAAACACUAAAGCAGAAACUCAUAAAACUCUGGAAAUACGUGUCGAAGAAAAACAGAAAGAUAUAACCAAGAUAAAUAAUUUAUUAGAUAAAUCAGUACAUUUGAUCCAAACACAAUUUCAUAAUCAAAAAUCUAACAUUUGGAAUGAUAUAUCAGCUGGAAUAUAUGAUGUAGUCUUGUUUCCUGCAAAACCUUCAAUUAUUAUUUUGUUUGGAAAUGAAACUGAAACUUUGAAUUGCUUAGCUCGAUUACUUGGACAAUUAAGUGGCAAAAUUUUAGGUAGUAACGAUUAUUUAAUAUUAACACCAAAAGACUUUCCAAAUGAUGUUGGACAAGUUAUUUAUAGACUAAAAAAACCAAUCACACAAAAAAAAGUAAUAAUAAUACAAGAUUUAUUGAAUAUAAAUACUGAGGCAUUGAAAGCUUUCCACAAUUUUUGUGACAGAGAAAAUCCUUUAGUUGAGAAUGCUAUGUACAUAAUAACAGUAAUUGUUGAUGGAUAUAAACCAUCCCAAGGAGAAUUAGAAUUUAUUGAAAAGCAAAUAUUUAAAAGACUAUCAAAUUAUGUGGAUAAAGAUAUUCUAGAUCCUCUAAUAACUAGGCUUACAGAUGGAAUUAUUGUGCCUAUUUUACCAGAAUCAAGUACAAAUUUCAAUUAUGCAGAUUGUUCUUUUUCUACAAACUAUAAACUUUUAAUAAACGAUAUAUUUAACUAA